AUGCAACAAAUCUUCACGACUAGAACCUUGCCCCAAAGAGUAUCCCCUACGACCCAAAGGUUAUCACAGAGCCUGUCCACGAUCAAUACCCCGGCUGCCGACUCCGGAACGCCAAACCCAGACCUGUUUUCCUACACGUCCGGUCGUUAUUUAUACAACGAGAAACUUCGCUUCGAGGAGCGCCAUGUCGAGUUCAACGUCGAGGCAUUACGAGAAAUAGCCGCGAGUGCCGUGGGUGGAAAACACGUCGUGCAGCUAAGGAAGCUUGCGGAAGGUGGCUUCAACCGAGUGUUUGCCCUUACGAUGGACGAUGGGCUUGACGUGAUAGCCAAAAUACACUAUCCUCUUACCGUCCCCAAAACAUAUUCAACCGAAAGUGAAGUUGCGACACUGGAGUUUUUGCGGCUAAAAGGUAUACCGGUUCCGCGGGUUUACGCCUAUUCUUCUACGAGCGACAAUGCCGUGGGAAGCGAAUACAUUAUAAUGGAAAAGGCUCCCGGACAGCCAUUAGAGCGCCGUUGGUUCGAACUUUCCCCUAAAGAAAGAGUUCGGUUGGUAACCAGCUUCGUCGAAAUCGAACAAAAAUUGUUCGCGAUCCCCUUUGCCUCAUAUGGGAGUCUCUACUACAAGGACAACCCCUCCGCCGAUUACAUGUUUUGGCGAGGGAAGCGUGCUGCACUCGAUUUGAACCGCGGGCCUUGGAAGGAUCAUCGUGAUUAUGUUCGGUCGGUAGGCCAGCGAGAACUCGAAUGGGCCACGAAAUACGGCAAACCCCGACAGAACGACUUCCCCCACAACAACAUGAUGAAAGGGGAGAUCUCCCCGGAUAUUUAUGCCGACCUCCUGAAAAGGUAUAUCUUAAUAUCACCACAUAUCUUGCCAAGCGACCACGCGAAUGCAAUGAACAAGCCUACCAUGCGCCAUCUAGAUCUCAACCCCCCGAACGUGUUUGUGAACGAUUCUUGUGAAGUCUCUUGUAUCAUUGACUGGCAACACCGUUCGACCCUCCCGUUACUACUGACAGCGGGGAAUCCCCCGCUCUUUCAGAACACCGAUUCUGAGCCCCCGAAAAGCCUUGCAAAACCCUCCCUACCGGACAAAUACGAUUCACUGAGCCUGGAAGAGAAUUCCGAGCUGACGAACUCCAUCGUCGGAGAAUACAACAAAUCUCAUCUCCAGGCGCUUCGCUAUCCUCUGUUAGCAAUACGACAACAUGCAGUUGAGAGUGCUGACCGGCAGUGGAGCGGGAACGUGAUCACCUUGAAAGGUGCACUCAUUCGCCUCUGGGAGCAUUGGGACAAAUUGAUUGCCGACAGCCAGCAGAAAGUUGAAUGUCCAAUAUUCUUUGAUAAGGAAGACGUCGAGGAGUUCCUUGUUGCUGAAGGCCAUUGGUUCAAAGCAACAAUAUUACUCGAGCAUUGGCGAUCUCUUCUAGACGACCUGGGACAAGAUGGAUGGGUCAGGCACGAAUCCUAUGAACAGUUAAAACAGGAGUGGCUGUCACUGGCAGAGGAUGAAGAAGACUCUGUGUCUGUGGAUCAGUUUUGGCCAUUCCAGGAUCACGAAGAGUAUGAGUGA